GCGAGCCUUUGGUCUUUUCCAUGUCUUAAUAAAGGCUCUCCUUCGAAAACAGCAAGACUUGGAGCGAGAAGAGAAUGGAAUGUUCAUCAUGGAAGAUGAUCGAGCAGGCAAAGGAAGAGUUGCAAAUACUCGAAACCUUUCACCCAAAUCGCUUUGACUACCUGAAGUUGGAGCUCAAAUCCUUCAUCUUCCUCCUCCAAUCCCAACACAACAACGAUUUGAUUUACCAUCCCUCUUCUUCAACCGCUACAACACAAGCAUCAACGAAUAACAGGAAGAGAAAGAAGGUUGGUUUAAGGUGCCGAAAUGAAGAACUGAAGCAUAAGUUUCAAAAGGUUUUUGGGGAGUUCAAGGGAAGGGAUAGGAUUGAUUUGGUUCUUGAGAAAGCUCAAUCUUGCCUUCGCAAGAUUCAGGAGGUAAAAUCUAGCUUAUGUUGAAACUACAAAAUUUAGAGAAAAAAUUUGUAAUUUUUUUCUCUUUUGUUUAAUUUGGUCUUUAAUGAUCAAGUUGCUUCCCCUGUAAAUAUCUUUUUUGGUUUAUUACAAGAUUUGGUGCUUUCUUCGA